AUGGCUAGAGGCUCGGGGCAGGACCGCUCCAAGGCAGAGGGCCGGCACGGGCUGAGGCGGCACAUCACGUCGGAGGCGAGGAAGAAGGAUGGGCGUGGGGCUGUGCAGUGGGAGCUCGCCGGACUGGAUGUGAAGAGCAGCAACUGCAGUACUGGAGAUGGGAUAAAGAUCAUUGUGGGGAAGACGCCACGCCAGGUCGGACCUCUCGAGCAAACCCAGCCUCAUCCUGGUCGCCAUGAUCCAAGGAUCCCGUUGCUUCGGGCACGUCGUACGCGGCCUAGCCUCCCCCUGCCCCAGCCCCGCGCCCUUGCCCUCGUGCCGCUUUCCCCCGCCGGAGCCCGGCCGCGCCUCUGCCCCCGCCACGCGCCGUUGCCCUCGCGCCGCCUCCGCCUGCCCCUGCCAGAGACCGGUCGCGCCCCUGCCCCCGCCCCGCGCACCUGCCCUGCGCCCUUGCCCUCGUGCUGCCUCCGCCUGUCCCCGCCGGAGACCGGCCACGCGCCGGCGCCCCACCCUUGCCCGGCGCGCCUCCGCCUGCCCCCGCCCGCCGACGGCGACUCGCCCCAGUCCCGGCCCGCCUUCGCCUGCCCCAGCCCGCUGCUGGAGACCGUCUGA